CGUUUGUCUGUCUGUCUGUCUGUCUUUCGCCUGGAUCGAAAGUUGCUAGUUUAUCUUUUCUGUGAACUCUGAAACUCCCUUUCCCCCUUCUUGUCUUCUCAAUCACUGGAAUUACUCAUGCAACAGUAUCUUUUGAAGAGAAAAAAAUCAAAUCCCCAAAUGGCGUCAUCCCCCAAACCACCACGAGUGAUCCUCCGUGCCAAGCAUCACAAAUCCUCACUCGCUAAUAUCGUGGUAUGUUCGGCAACUCCUCGAGAAGGAAUACCCCAUUAACUGCUAAAAUUCGAUCCGCCACUACCCAACACUACCCUGUGAAUGGUUCAGUGUGACAGCUAAAGAGCAAUAAGAAAAGCACCAAAUCGAUAAUGGCAGGUUUAUUUUAACAGCGGGUCGAACUUGAGCAGCCAAUGCGGUACGCGGAAAGGGCAACGAAUCAGCUAAAACGCGCCAAAAUGAGAGGAAAUCCAGAGAUCUCAACUGAUACCCGACAUAGCAGACGAAAACUCAGGAGAGCAGCAUCUCCUCUUGACAGUAUUUCAGAUUUACCCUUUCUUCAGCCGAAUUCUGGCGCUUGCUUUUUCCUUUCUUUCUUUUUUUCUCUCCGAAAGUUCUAUGAUACAGUGGGGGGGUUGGGACAGGGUUCAGGUGCAAAACGGGGCUCUCCUUCUCGUCUCGUCGAUAUCCAUCCCUUCAUCCGCCCCAAACAUCGCGGACCCACACCGCCCUCCCCCCCGACCCUACCGCGCCAUGCCACAAUCCCUCACUCACAGACCACUGAUUCACAACCCCUCCUCCGCUUGGAUAUAGGUUAUGCAGUGCUUGUGCACUAGCUCGGGUUGGUGAUUCCAGUUUCGACUGCACAUUAAAUGUCGAUGGAGUGUAGAGCGGCAUAGCAUGAUAGAUUCGGGUCACAGGCUUUUCCCACCGGUUUAGUGUGAUUUGGGAACGCGGCGCGCGCGAGGUCAAUGUUUGUUUAACCGUUUUAGAUACAAGACUCUUGCGUGUACAGUACUCGAGUACUUCCCAUGUUUUGAGUUGGGACGACUCCCUUAGGGGAAGCACGCUCCGGACCCCCCCACUCGUCUCAUAUAUUAUAUUCCAUUCUUCUAUCCUAUCCCCCCGCUUUAGAGCCUCUAUAAAAGCUGGGCUUGUGGGUAAUUUUCACUUCAUUCAUAGACUAUCACCCUCGGGCUUUUGCCGCACCACUUAACAAUCCUUUCACCAUCAAACCCUAAUACUCAAAGACCGAAACAACAUAGGGACCUACGACUAUACCCAGUGGAUCUCGUCUCCUGAACUUCUCCCGCUUGCUGUAUCAUAGCACAGGGAGUUGUAGCACAGGAGUGCUAGGGUCCUCGGGAUUUUGUACCCCUACAAUGCGUGACCCCAAGCCUCCCGGGCAUGUUCUUCAAGUCGUAGGGCAAGAGCUCCCAUCACUUGGAGGGACUGCCGUCAAAGAUAGCAGCGACAGGCCCUCGCCGCACUUUAGCUAUCGGUAACUCCGUUAAGCUAUCGAUAACUCCGACAGGCCAUGCGUAGGACCCUGCGGUCGCCGUCCCUUGCCUCUUGGGGACUGGCGGAUUCGGAUGUUUGGGGCGUCCCGCCCCGAGCACCCCUGAAGUGCUCGGCAAUUUUUAAGGUCUCCGGAAUGGGGCAGUAUAAGCGAUCCAGCUCCGACAUAACUAAUGGCUUCACGGGCACCAGAGCUUACGAGAGCUGCGGCAACCUGGGCCUACGAACAGCACUCCAGGUUCCGGAGACCGGUACUGUCGUCCGUCCUACCACACGGACUCCGCUCUUGGACCCACUGCCUACAAUGCGAAUGGGCGAAACCACCAACUGCUUGGAUAUCGCCCCCGCUCGGGCAAUGCUAGUUGGUUGUUUUUCCAUGAGGAAACCAACCACUGAUCACUACAAUCGCCACAAUUCAUUGGUUCGCCACGGGAAGCUUUCUUGUCCAAACCCGGCUCCCCGAGUGAGAUGGGCGUCUGGGAAGCUCGUGGUUUAGUCUUCUGAGGCAGGGUGGCUGUUUGACUCGCUGCGAUUCGAGAUAGUCACGAUUUGAGAUUGUGAUUUGGGCCGAAAUCAUGAUUUGAGAUGGUCAGGUGUUUGGCUUGGUAAUGUUUCCAAAUCAUGAUUUCAAAUCAAGAUUUGGGAAAAAUUUAAAUUGUGAUUUUGGAGAUUUAGGGCUAUGACCGUUUUGUUAAUACCCCCGGGAACUUUAUUGCAUUAAAGCCAGAUAUGAUAGAGCACGAGUACUGUACUCGAGUAUGAUAUAGUUUACUCAACUUCCUAAAGUUAACCCCAAA